UUAUUUGAAGGCGGCCAUAGACAGACACAGCCAACCUCAACAGUGUACUAUUCUUUCGGAGCCUACCAUUAUUAUUAAAAGAAUACUAUUCUUUCUUGCUGUAAAAAAAAACAACGUUGAAAAGAUUCGAGACAACUGGCUAGCUAUCUAGCUCGUGAGUCAUGUCCCACGCUUACUAAUUAGUAGCUUCUCUUCUCUUAUAUAUUCCCUCAUACUUUUCCACUUAAGCACCAUUCUUCAGUACUUCCUUAAUUUGCCACCCUAACCUACUGCAUUAUUAUUCUCUUCCCCUUAAUUUCUAUCUCCAAUCCCUCAGCAAAACGCAGCAAAUGGGUCGGCUUAAUCUCCUACUUGUGUGGUCACUCUCAUUAACACUGUCCCUUUAUUAUCUACACCCAAUCUCUGCUCAGCUCAGUCCAAACCACUAUGCUAAAACAUGCCCCAAUCUUGAAAGCAUCGUUAGACAGGCCGUUGCCAAGAAGUUCCAACAAACCUUUGUCACCGUCCCGGCCACCCUUCGUCUCUUCUUUCAUGAUUGCUUUGUGCAGGGUUGUGAUGCUUCUGUUUUGAUUGCAUCCACCGGAAACAACCAAGCAGAGAAGGAUCACCCAGACAACCUGUCUUUGGCGGGUGAUGGGUUUGACACAGUGAUCAAAGCAAAGGCUGCAGUAGAUGCCAUCCCUCAGUGCAGAAACAAAGUCUCAUGUGCUGAUAUUCUGGCCUUGGCCACCCGUGAUGUUAUUGCACUGUCUGGUGGACCUUCAUACACGGUUGAAUUGGGAAGAUUUGAUGGUUUAGUUUCAAGAACUUCGGAUGUGAAUGGGAGGCUUCCACAGCCAACGAACAAUUUGAACCAAUUGAAUUCACUGUUUGCGGCAAACGGCCUCACCCAAACUGACAUGAUUGCUCUCUCAGGUGCGCACACCCUUGGAUUCUCCCACUGCAGCAAGUUCGCCAGUAGAAUAUACAGUACCCCAGUGGACCCAACACUGAACAAGCAAUACGUAGCCCAAUUGCAACAAAUGUGCCCAAGGAACGUGGAUCCUAGGAUUGCCAUCAACAUGGACCCAACCACUCCUCGUAAAUUCGACAACGUUUAUUACCAAAACCUUCAACAAGGAAAGGGCCUCUUUACCUCGGACCAAAUCCUCUUCACGGACCCAAGGUCCAGAAACACAGUUAAUUCCUUCGCUUCUAGUAGCAACGUUUUCAACUCCAACUUUGUGGCUGCUAUGACCAAAUUGGGUCGUGUUGGAGUUAAGACUGCGAGAAAUGGGAAAAUUCGUACCGAUUGUUCUGUUCUUUAAGUUAAGGCUUUAGUUGUACGUAGAAAGUCGCAAACAGUGCAUGUUUUGGAGGUGAACACAAAACACACACACAUUGCAAUUUUAUUGCGGGGAAUUUGCACGGGGUAGUUUAGAUUGACUGUUGUUAAUAAAUUUGUUUGCGAAUAAUUCGGGAGUUGUAAUUUGGAUGUUCGGGAAGGGAAGGGUAAGGUUGAGUUUUUAUUUGUUGUAAUGUUUCCAAAUAAUUCGAACUUUUAGAAUUGUUCAUAUAAAUAAAUGUUACCCAGAGGGGGAAAUCACUAAAUAUGGAUUUUAGAUUACUUUAA